GGAAUAACUGAAUCAAUGUUCCCAGGACUCCAAGCAUGGAGCCUAUAACGUCGUGGAGCAAGGAGAGAGUAAGCGACUGGCUCAAAGGUCUGGACACCCCUCUCCAGCAGUACCCCUUCACAGAGUGGCAGGUGACGGGGUUGGAACUGCUGCAGCUCUCCUCCCAGGACCUGGAGCGUCUGGGCGUCCUCAAGAUUGGCCAUCAGGAGCUCAUCCUCGAGGCUGUGGAGAAGCUCUGCUCCCUGACGUAUGGUAUGGGUGGGGAGAACCUGCGCUGCCUGACAGAGAAGCUGCGCGUUGUGGCCCACUCCCUGACCAUGGGCAUCCAGGUCCGCUGGAGGGUGAACCCCUACGAUGGGCAGACCGCCACCAUGCUGCCGGCCAGCGUACUGCAGGUGGUGCUGGAGCUCAUCACCUCCGCCAAGGGCCUCUUCUCUCUGCUCAACAGGUACCAGUUUUCCCAGCUGAGUGGUUACACGGCCAGUAGGAACAUCAUCACCCACUGUAAAGACCUGGGGACCACCGUACACAAGGAUUCCACAGUUUACGAGAAGGAAAAGGACAUAAUCUCCAUCUGUCGUCAGUUGGAGGCGGUGUGUGAUGAGAUCCUGAACUGCAGUCCAGAGGCUCUCCUUACCCACACUGCCCAGCUGGAGAGUGUUGACCUGGUGCCUGUCUCCCCCGGCGACCAUCUGGGCAUCGAGAUAACGUCCACUGGCUCCAGUAAUCACUACAUCACAGGCACCACCGCAGAGUCACCCGCUGAGUUCUGUGAGAAGAUACUGGCUGGAGACGAGGUGAUCCAAGUCAAUGACCAGAUUGUGGUUGGCUGGAGCAGGAAGAACCUAGUGAAAAAACUGAAGGAGAACCCCAGUGGGGUGACGCUGGUCCUCAAGAAGGUCCCGGUGUCACUGAGACGCAAAGAGCCAGCCCAACAGCCCCCCUCGCCACAGAAAGAGGAAGAGGAGGAGGAGGAAGAGGAGGAAGGAGAAGAAGAGGGCAACCAGAGACACUCUGUGUUCGAGAGAGUAGCAGCCUCGGUCAGGUCCCUGUCAUUCAGGGCUGCAGUUCAAGGGCCAGUGGAUAUCCAGCCCAUGGGCCAGGAGAAGUCGGAGCUGUCCAGCGACAGGGGAUUGGACGGCAGCCUGAUAUACACAUCACACCCCGUCCACCAGGGGGACCUCUCAUACCUGUCAUCAGGAGAAGCCGAGGGUUUGGAGGGGUCCAGGCUCAGCCCCGGGCCGAGGGGAGAGGCCUCUGCGCCCUCCAGAAGUCCGUCCCCCCGGGUAAUAGAGCUAGGCAGAGCCAGCAUCAGUUCCAUUAGUUCCUGCCCUGAGAUGGGCGGACAUAUGGAGGAUAAAGAACCAAAAAAUGUGUCUAGAAAAGGUACGCGUACAGCGAUGAGCAGGCGGCGUGUGUCGUGUCGUGAGCUGAGUCGGCCCGAGUGUGACGGCUGGCUGUGGAAGAAGAGGAAGGAGAGCAGUGUGUUCAUGACCCAGAAGUGGCAGCGUUUCUGGUUCGUCCUCAAAGGCCCCACUCUCUACUGGUACACCAGUCAGCAGGAAGAGAAAGCGGAGGGCCUGGUUCAGAUCUCCAGCUACAACAUAGAGGGUGCAGGAGAACAUAAGAGGAAGUAUGUCUUCCAAAUGUGCCACCAGCGCUUCCAGACUUUCUUCUUCGCCGCUGAGAAUGUCAAUGACAUGAGCAAGUGGAUCAACUGUCUGAUUACAGCCAUCCAAAAACACAAGAAGUUCCACAAAGGGCCGCCGGACAGCGAAGAGGAGUGUUACAGUGAGACAGAGUCAGAAGACGAGGGGUCUUCUCCUUCUCCACGCAGAAACAAGAUCAACACGGCCAUCAUCGUUCCGAAAAGCCUCUCCAACACACUGCCUCGGGCCAGGAAGGACAAGGACAAGGACAAGGGAAAGGACAAGGACAAAGAGAAGAAGAACAAGAUGCCGGUUCCUGCUCCACCCAAAGGGCGCAGCAGAAGCCCAGGAGCUUCGGAGGAUGAGAUGGGCGUGCUGUUCCACCGGCUGAAAGAGGACGGCGUGACCCUGAUCGGCAGCGACCAGCUCACAACUCACGACCAAUUCCGCAAGUCCUUCAUCCGGCGCAACAAGAACCCGGUCAUCAACGAGAAGGCCCACACGCUCCGCGCGCUGCAGAGCACCCUUAAGGAUAAAGAGGCGGAGCUCCAACUCAUUAACAAGGUUCUGGAGGACUCUGAGCUGACGUCACAAAAGUACCGCCAGUGGAAAGAACAUAACGAAGACCUUCACCUGGUGAUUGAGAAACUGGCCGUCCAACGGGCCAAAGCUGUAGCCAAGGCAAGGGCGGGGCAUAAAGAGGACCAGGACACGCCCCGUGGACCGUCGCCCGUGGAGCAGGUCGCUGUGGAGACUGAGGGCGCGUGUGGACUGAGCCUUAGUGACGGGGAGAUGCUGGUGGAUGCGGAGCCGUCGUUGUCAAGCCCAGUGAAGAAUGUGGGUUACUUGGAUGUAGAGCCACAGUCGGAACACUCAUCGACUGCGGAGAGCAGCACAGACAAACCCAACAGCACCACAGCAGACGGAGCUAGUCCAGCUAGCCCAGAGAAUUACUUCUACAUAUGAGACCCCACUGGACUGAUUUGAUGAUGGUUUUUCUAGUUUCCAUCAGGGAUUAUUAUGAUAAGGGCCUGGAGUUUUUCCCAACCAUAUGACCUAAGCAGGAAAAACGAAUGGCUCUGGUUACAGCUGUGAUUCGAUUCUGGUCAGGUCAUGUGGUCAGGAAAAAGUGUGGGCCCUCAGGGUUUUUGCUCGGUUUUGAAUUAUUUUUGUCUGUAUUGUUGAUAUAGGAAAGACUGGGUUUGUCUAUCCAAACCUGAAUUCAAGUUACGGUAUUCAUAUAACAAAAAACUAACAAUUUUGCCAAGUGUCAUUCUGUUGAUAGAUAUAUACUGUAUUCAUGGGAUGUUAUGGACUGUCUUAGUUUUCUACUGUUGCAUUUAGAUGGCUAAGAUUUUAAAGGAGAUUUUAAAUGUACAUAGAAUUUUAAAUAUCAUGCAACAAGAUGUAUUGGAGUUUAAAACUUAGAUUGUAUAUAUUCUUGCACAGAAUAAGGUUCGAUCUUGCCUCAUGUACAACGUUAUGAAAAUUGUUAUUAUAGAUCAAAGACAAUGCUUGUGCGUACUUGCGUGUUUUCAGCUGGGUUUGUCCAAUGCAUCUUGAAUACACUGAGGGUACAAAACAGGAACACCUUCCUACUAUUGAGUUGCACACUUUUUUGCCCUCAGAACAGCCUCAAUUCUUCGGCAUGGACUCU